UGAAACCGCUGGUUCAAGGGAGAGCCAACGUGUGGCACAUACCUUGGUUAUCUGUAAAGGUUUCUCUCCACAGUUGGUCUCAUAAGGCCUUGUAGGCCUCCCUGCGCUUUGGAGACACAUAAAACCAGUUAUAAGUCUCUCGUACCAAGUACUCCACACUACGGGGGAUGGUGUCAUUGGAAGCAUGACUUACAGCAAGCUGCAGAGAGUGGCACACACAGCAAAUAAAAACCAGAUAUUUGAGGCCAUACUCCUCCUUCAGCACUUUAUGGACCCCAUUGUUAAUCCCCGUCAUAACAGAGGCAUUGUCGGUCCCUAUCCCCAGGAGUUUCUCUUUUUUAAGAGACACUUCUCUAGGAAAGCCACAAUAGCACGGGCUACAGAUUUGGCAUCUCCUCCCUCCAACUCAACAAACAGAAAUGUUGAUACAAAUUGUCUGCUUGGUAUCAGUAAAUUACCUUAUCACAACCCCCAGGUACUUAGAAGCACUUACAGCCGCGGACUCAUCGAGGAGGAGGCUGAAACGCUGGUCACCCACAUCUGCGACCAACUUUUUCAGAAAGUAUGGUGCUAGAACACCAUUAAUCAUUUCUGUGCACUUUGUCCUGUGCAUUUUGAAGUGGGUAGCAGUAGUGGAGUCUGAGAAAGCAGCUCUACAUGCUUCUCAAAUGUGAUCACAUGCCAGCAUGGAACAGUGUUCAGCGAUAGCUAAUGUCAUGGUGGUCUCAGCCUUUUUUGCAGAGUAAUUUUUUAAAACCAUAAAUGGCAGCUUGUUUUGGGUGGAACUGUUAUAAGGCUUUGCCUUUUGAGUAUGUUUUUGAGUUGUCAUGUGUAUUUUUACAUCACUAAGUUUGGUGUCAGCCUUACAAUACCGGCAGUAUGCCCAUGUAUCAUCUUCAGUAAACGGCUUCAACCAGCCUUUGAAUUCAGGGUUUGAUUCCCACUCCUUUCUGUAUGUGAGUGUACAGUUUAGACUGAGACAUGAUGAGCUAGCCAGCUAGAUGUUUAGCUCAUGUCACAGAGAGGCACACACACAGUGGACAAGAUGAGUAAGUGACUGAGGCUGUGUGAGUAAAAUGCAGUGAUUUAUUUUAGAUAAAGAACAUUUUACAUUUACAUCUCGCCCUGAAUGUAAGCCAGGACGGGAUCAGCCAGCGGCGGCUUCCCGCAUGAGCGAUUAAUUUGCAGUCUGGACCCGGAGGGGUGAACAUCUCCUGCUCUGACUGCAGCUGGGAGUAACUGCUGCGCAGGACUGGGCCGCCUGUGAGUGCUUUGGGAUGGGGGUGGGGCCCACGGCAGCACCUGCUGGUCGUUGAGAAGAGUAAGAAUGAUACGUGCUUUCACGUCAGAGUCUCCAAAUGUCUCCAAGAACAUCAGAAAAAGUCGCUAGAUUUGUCACUAGUCGAUUUUUUGAAAAUGUGUCGCUAGAGGUGUCUGAAUACUCGCUAAACAAGUUGGCAACACUGGUCCUUGGUAACAGAUGAACGGAUCAUGACGAGAGGUGGAGAGUGAGUUGUGUAUGUCCAAUCAAGUUGAUUUGAAAUUGGUGUCAUAUUGGCUUAGAUAUAUGAUGGUAGGGAGAUUUGAAUUUAACAGUGAGCUUCAACCAAUACCUAUAUAGGCGAGACUAUCAUCAUGUUUAUAAUACAUUUUGGCAGUUACCUGUAUAUAAAUAGGAAAUACAAUGAUUCUUCUAACAUAUUGUCAUAUUAAAUAUUAAUAAUAAUUAAUAAUUCAUCUUAUUCGUAGUUAGAAAUUGGGAACUAUAGUUCUAGCUACCAUCAUGAGCCUCUGUAAUAAUCUGUAUUAUAUGUGAACUGUAACGCUCGUCAUUAGGAGAAAGAGAGGAGGACCAAACUGCACCAUGGUGAGUAUUCAUGUUCCUUUUAAUGAAAACCGAAAUACUCGAACAAAACAACAAAAUAACGAAUAAAGGAGAAUAAACCGAAACGAAACAGUCCUGUCUGGUGAAAUACACAAAGACACAGGAAACAAACACCCACAAACCAAAAGUGGAACCCAGGCUACCUAAGUAUGAUUCUCAAUCAGGGACAACGAUUGACAGCUGCCUCUGAUUGAGAAUCAUACCAGGCCGAACACAAAACCCCAACAUAGAAAAACACACAGACUGCCCAACUCCCCCAACUCACGCCCUGACCAUACUAAAUAAAGACAAAACAAAGGAAAUAAAUGUCAGAACGUGACAUGAACAGAAAGGUUGGUAACAGUAGUCCGUGGGGAGAUGGGAGAAUGAUUUAUUAUUGACUAGUUCACUGCCUCAGCUCACAUACCUGAGAGUUGUAUGUGUUUGAGGUCACAAGAGAAUCUGAUAAGUUUUUCUAAUUGGUCUAUUUCUUUGAUUGGGUCAGGGCCCUAUAGUUCCCCCAGUGAUACAUCUGAAUCCUCAUGCUGGGAUAGCACACACACACAGAUCCGCAAGCACACACUAUCCUGGGUGUGAACAUGAGCUCAUGCUCAUCAGAUUGUGAAUGUUAUAAAAUUCACUCUUUGAAUCAUUCCAGUUAACUGAUUAGUGUUGAUGAUGGUUGAAAUGUAUAAUUAAAGGGCAAUUCCGCCACUUUUCAACCUUGUAUUCAUUAUCUCCAGCAUCAUACCAGUGACUACAUGGUGUCUUUCAUUGAUCUGUGGUUAAAAAUGUAAACAAUUAUUCUCUGUGACAUCACAGUUGUUAGGUGCCUCCUAAGAAGAGAUAGGCGCAGGAGUCAGGACCAGGAGAGCAAGGAAUUCCAGUUGGCACAGUCGUUUAUUAUAAGUCCCAACCCACCAACAACAGGCGGGGAAAAUCACGAAACACACGGAGGAGAAACCUCUACUCCUAAUACAGUACUAACGGUAGAACGACUGUGAGGAAACAAAAAUCCCUGUGGCGCAAACACACACCCCUAAACAGAGGUAACACAGCAAAAUAAUCCCGCACAAAGACUAGCAGGCAGCGGUGGUUAAUAAACCCACUAGUUAAUUUCAAUCAGACACGGGUGAUAACAAAAACAGACAGACACAAACGAAAAGGAAAAAUGGAUCGGUGGCUGCUAGUAGGCUGGCGACGAUGACCGCCCGAACAGGGAGAGGAGCCACCUUCGGUGGAAAUCGUGACAACAGAGUAGGAUUAAAAGUAAGAAAAACAGAUUUUGUGAGGACAGACGCUUGGAGACGAGAAGCAAGUACAAGGAGUGAACAUUUAAUUAAUAAACAGACAUGAAAUAAGACAUGACAGUGUCUGGACAUAAAAAACAUAACGACAUCAAUGCUGACACUGGGAUCAAACUGAGGAACAGACAGAUAUAGAGGGAGCAAUCAACAAAGUGAAGGAGUUCAGGUGAGUCCAAUGAUGCGCUAAUGCGUGUAAUGAUGAUGACAGGUGUGCGUAAUGAUGGGCAUAGAGGGGGAGUGGAAGCAGGUGUUACAGUAGCCCCCCCCCCCCCUCUAGGGGCGCCACCCGGCGUCCCACCUGGGCAAGCCUGAUGGGCCGGCUGAGGCAUGAUGCAGAAUGGGAGCCUGCCAAACCCGCUGAGGCGUGGGAGCCUGAUGAGCCGGAAGCCUGGCGCUCGAGGGGGAGUGGGAGCAGGCGUGACAGAUUUUCUAAACCUGCAACUAGUUUCUAGCCAGAGGGAUCGGUAUUUUCUUGCUUUUCCACGUCACCUGAAACCCAUAGUGUUUGAAAAUCACUAUCUUUAAAAUGUUUUAACUUUUGAUGUCAUCGGGUAGAACUUUAUAUAUUUCUCUACAAAACGUAGAAAUGCACAGUUUUCACAUGUGUAGACGCUGGUAUUGUAAUUGAGAUAAUGAAAAUGGCCAUUUAAGGCCCCUACUUACACAACUAACCUAUCUUUGUAAAGCUUAGGUCACUAGUCGCUGCGUGUUCUGUGGUGUUGAGUCGUUUAUAGCUUUGACUUGAUUAAUAAUUGACAACAGUCCUCUCUGAGCUCCAGUGUCAAUUACUCACACUCCUCGCCCAGUUUCCUGUGAAUUAGAACAUCCGCGUUGAUACGGACAGGAGACUUUCGGGACUGUCACCUUAUGUUUCACAACGUAUAAGUAAAUAGAUUGAACGUUUCAUAGGCAGCCAGUGGGAAAAAUUUGAGCGUCAAAAUGUCUGGACAAAACAGCGACCAGUUGCAUCGCUCUACUUUGGGCAUAUAUGCGUGUUGUUUGUCUCUGUGUGUGUGUGUGUCUCUGUCUCUCUCUGUGUGUGUCUCUCUCUGUCUCUGUGUGUGUGUGUGUCAACAGAGCCUGAUGGAUCAGUUCAACCCAAGUCUACAGAAGCUAGUGUCUUUGGGAAACAGCUACAUGCAGGCUUUCCAAGCCCUUGCUGUGACCAGUGAGGCUUACUUCAGCACCCUUGCUAAGAUAGGGGAGCAGGCCUUCCACACCAUGUCAUCUCGCUCUAUUGGAGAUAUUCUGAUUCAGAUUUCAGAGAACCAGAAGCGUAUCACCACUGAACUGGAAGGAAUAUUCCGCUGGUUCCACACUGAGGUGCUACAGGAGAUGAACAACAAUGUCAAACUGGAUAAGGAAUACAUAGCAGGCAGCAGGAGGCGAUAUGAGAUGGAGGUACAGAGCCAGGCCAUAUCUUUGGAGAGGCAGCAGAGGAGAGGGGCUCACCAGGAUGAGUACAUUCACUUCCUGAGGGAGAGUCAGCGCGAGGCUCUGAUGGAGGAAGAAAGGCGAUACCGUUUCCUGGCUGAGAAACACUGUGGUCUCACUCAGUCCAUCAUCUACCUCAUGAACAAGACAGGGGCAGGGGGAGGCCUACAGCAGAUUGCUGAUGGAUGGAGAGACCAGGUCAACGCCACCAGACGACCUGGAUCCCGGAACCCCUCUCGCCUGGACCAGGACAACACAUCCAGAAUGAGGGAGGAGGACAGGGGGAGCCAAUGGUCAGGCAAAGAGGAGCAGCCUCUUGGAAGAGUGCCCUCCAGAGGCCCAUCACCCCAGAACACCCGUUCCCGCUCCAGCUCAUUUGGCGAGUCCCUAGGUCUGGGUGGAGGUGGUGGAGGGAGACCUAUGAGAGCUCUGGUAUCCCACCUCGCUAACUCCAACAGCCCCACCCUGUUGCCCUUCUCCCGGGGGGAGGUGGUGAGCGUGCUGGUGCAGGAGCCCCGUAACGGCUGGCUCUACGGCCGGGCAGAGAGCAGCUCACGUCAGGGCUGGUUCCCAGCUGCCUAUGUGGGGACACUGGAGGAGGCCCUUAGAUCAACUGGCUCCAGUAGCUCCACCCUUAGGAGCGCCCACAGUAUGGACAACCUGCUGGACCAAUCGGGAGGCAGCAGCCACGGUCGACCCCCGCCCCCGCCGCCGCCUCCAUCCAAUAGACAGACAGAGAUGCGUCCAAUCACACCCAGCAUGGAGAGAAGGGCGGAGUCUCACUCUGACAAUAAGAGAGGAGAGCGCCAUGGUGGACCUGGGCCAAACCUCUUCCCAAAGGGCACCAACCCUUUCGCCACUGUCAAGCUGAAGCCCACAUCCACCGAUGACAGAUCUGCGCCACGUCUCCGUCGGUGAAGAGGUCACGUCCUUGGGAGGUAUUGGGCGCGUUCCAGUUCGACUACAUUUCAGUCAUUGCAUUGCAUCAACAAAUGGUUUCAUUCCACGUUAUUGACUGUGCAGUCGACUGCUAUAUCAUAUGAUUUACUGAUAUGUUAAAUACAUACCUAUCCAGGGGUUGUGAGAUCUGGCAGGUGUCUGAAAUGUAGUCAUGCAAAUGGUUGAUGCCCUAAAACUGCCCCAAAUCUUCCCAAACUGUUGAAAUCUGUCUUAAAACUGCCCCAUGCUUUCUCUAAGCAGCCCCUAAUAUCAAUCUUGUACAGUUGGUUAUUUAAAAAUAUGAUGGACUUUAUCGAAUGACUACAGUGAUAAAGAAAGUUCGGCGGGCAAUGUAAGAUGCCAGGAACCCUAACUGAUGCUUGGUGCACUGAUUGACCUGGCAAGUGCAUUAAUACUUUUUAUUUAAUUAGUGAGACAAAUCUUUGAGGGCGCUCAUUUAUGCACUUUUCUUCAGAAUCAGGAAUAUUUUCUGACUUCAUAUACAGUUGAAGUCGGAAGUUUACAUACACUUAUGUUGGAGUUAUUAAAACUUGUUUUUCAACCCCUCCACAAAUUUCUUGUUAACAAACUAUAGUUUUGGCAAGUUGGUUAGGGCAUCUACUUUGUGCAUGACACAAGUAAUUUUUCCAACAACUGUUUACAGACAGAUUAUUUCAUUUAUAAUUCCCUAUAUCACAAUUCCAGUGGGUCAGAAGUUUACAUAAGUUUACACCCUAAGUUGACUGUGCCUUUAAACAACUUAGAUAAUUCCAGAAAAUGAUGUCAUGGCUUUAGAAGCUUCUGAUAGGCUAAUUGACAUCAUUUGAGUCAAUUGGAGGUGUACCUGUGGAUGUAUUUCAAGGCCUACCUUCAAACUCAGUGCCUCUUUGCUUGACAUCAUGGGAAAAUCUAAAGAAAUCAGCCAAGACCUGAGAAAAAAAUAGAGACCUCCACAUGUCUGGUUCAUCCUUGGGAGCAAUUUCCAAACGCCUGAAGGUAUCACGUUCAUCUGUACAAACAAUAGUACGCAAGUAUAAACACCAUGGGACCACGCAACCGUCAUACCGCUCAGGAAGGAGACGCGUUAUGUCUCCUAGAGAUGGAUGUAAUUUGGUGCGAAAAGUGCAAAUCAAUUCCAGAACAACAGCAAAGGACCUUGUGAAGAUGCUAGAGGAAACAGGUACAAAAGUGUCUAUAUCCACAUUAAAAUGAGUCCUCUAUCAACAUAAUCUGAAAGGCCACUCAGCAAGGAAGAAGCCACUGCUCCAAAACCUCCAUAAAAAAGCCAGACUACGGUUUGCAACUGCACAUGGGGACAAAGAUGGUACUUUUUGGAGAAUUGUCCUCUGGUUUGAUGAAACAAAAAUAGAACUGUUUAGCCAUAAUGGCCAUUGUUAUGUUUGGAGGAAAAAGGGGGAUGCUUGCAAGCCGAAGAACACCAUCCCAACCGUGAAGCACGGGGGUGGCAGCAUCAUGUUGUGGGGGUGCUUUGCGGCAGGAGGGAUUGGUGCACUUCACAAAAUAGAUGGCAUCAUGAGGUAGUAAAAUUAUGUGGAUAUAUUAAAACAACAUCUCAAGACAUCAGUCAGGAAGUUAAAGCUUGGUCGCAAAUGGGUCUUCCAAAUGGAUAAUGACCCCAAGCAUACUUCCAAAGUUGUGGCAAAAUGGCUUAAGGACAACAAAGUCAAGGUAUUGGAGUGGCCAAUAACAAAGCCCUGACCUCAAUCCUAUAGAAAAUUUGUGGGCAUAACUGAAAAAAGUGUGUGCGAGCAAGGAGGCCUACAAACCUGAUUCCGUUACUCCAGCUCUGUCAGGAGGAAUGGACCAAAAUUGACCCAAGUUAUUGUGGGAAGCUUGUGGAAGGCUACCCGACACGUUUUUCCCAAGUUAAACAAUUUAAAGGCAAUGCUACCAAGUACUAAUUGAGUGUAUGUAAACUUAUGACCCACUGGGAAGGUGAUGAAAGAAAUAAAAGCUGAAAUCAUUCUCUCUACUAUUAUUUUGACAUUUCACAUUCUCAAAAUAAAGUGGUGAUCCUAACUGACCUAAGACGGGGAAUUUUUACAAGAUUAAAUGUCAGGAAUUGUGAAAAACGGAGUUUAAAUGUAUUUGGCUAUGGUGUAUGUAAACUUCCGACUUCAACAUGUCAGGUACAGGAAAUAUUGUGGUAGAAGUAGUUGUUUUUAUCAAAGCCUUUUGCAUUGUUUUCUUCAAGUAGCACUUUUGUUUAGUUUUGCUUGUACAGUAACAAUAUGCCAAUUAAACCAAUACUUCACUUUUAUGCUAAACUACAGUGAACCACAGUGAGAUAAUCUUUCUCUUAGGAAUGCCAUGCAGGUAGAUCGUUAUGACAAGUGAAUUUUAGCGCUUAACUUCACAGUGCUGUUUUGUGCAGUGCCUUUAGUAAAUGUACUAUGUGAUUUGUGUUUUUUUUGCUCAUGCAGGCAGUAGGGUGGCCUACUACUCUAGUGAAGUACCCGGGGUUUGUCAAUUCUAAUCCAUCAAUGGGGAUACUUUACCUAAAUGACCCUUAGUGUGUACCCAGCUAUGUAAAUGCCUGACAUGUGAGAGUGUUGAGCUAAUGUAAUAGCUCUAACAAAACAUUGACUUUACUGCUAGAAUAAAAAUGGUAGCUGCUUUUCACAUUGUUUCCAAUUCCUUUAAUCAGACAGAAAUACAUCCUCUGAUUCUGUUUUUUAGUUGCUGUUGAUAUUUUACACAUUUAUUUUCUAGUUAUUGAGGGCCAAUCGGUAGUGCUGAGCGAUUAACUGAAAUUUAUUGAACAACCAAUUAACCGACGUCGGUUAAUAUAUUUGAAUUCCAUUUAGUUUUUUUAGUUUUUUGUGAGCCCAACGCGCCGUUUCUGUAGAGAGAAAUCCAAUAAUUCACGGUCAAAAUCAGGUCAAGAACUAUGUGGAACGCUGGCUGUAGUAUUAAGUCAAUAAUUAAACAUAAUUCAGCACAGAAAUGUGGUAAUUAACUACAAUGACCAUAAUCCACUGCGCAUGUACUUCCCGGUUUGGAUGUUAGAUUAGAUACACACAGACCAAAUAGACCGCAUGAAAGGAAUGUACAGAACACAACGAUGAGAGGGACAGAGACCAUUUGUGAAAGUAUGCCUUACCUUCUUUGAAGAGUUAGUAAAAUUAUUUUUUAACAGACUGCUCUGCAACAUUAUUAGACAGGCUAGCCUAGCUAAACAGGAUGACUAAAGACAGUACGGUACUUGAAGCACAGAAAUACUGUAACGUUAGAUGGUCGGGAUGGCUGGCUGCUACUACUUGAGCAGAGAUGAGAUGAAGGAAUGAAUAAUUAUAAAGACAUCAGAUAAAAAUGAAGUAAUGUACACAACUGAAAUAUGUUAUCAUUAUAAUAGUAAUUUUCUAUUUUUCAAUGGAUGUCUACCCAAUGUGGACCUGACAGAGACAAUGGAAUAUUUGAAAUGUUUUGACAAUAUAAUGUUCACUAUUUUUGGUUUGUAACUUCCAUUAAAAAGCUUUAAAAUCA